AUGUCACGGCUGUCCAAAGUGAAGGAGUUUGCACCACAAAUGCCCCUGUCUACGGUCGUUUUUGAAGAGAUCCCGGAACUGUAUGAAGCACCCUCGCGAGAAAGUGACGCCUACUGGGACUCAUUGGUACCACCCGGCAAGGGUUUUGUUCAGAUUCCCAACCCUGAAGACUAUAACCUCAAGCCUGGGAUCCUCACCCAGACUAGCGUUGAACGAUAUUCUGUAACAAUGUAUCACGAGCUCCACUGCCUGGCCCUUCUCCGCAGGUAUUACUGGCAUCUAGUGGACGCCGUGAGUAAUGGCUGGCACGAAGAUGCUCGGCAGGAAAUGGUUCGUGAACAACUGUAUAAUCACCAUCCGCAUCACUGCUUUGCAUACCUGGCGCAGGGUAUCAUGUGCAAUGCUGAUCUAACUAUGGAGUGGGCGAGGGUGGAGAAGGAUGGACGGCGUUUCCAGGUGGAGGGGUGGGGGAUUCCCCAUCAUCAGUGCAAGGAUCCAAAGGCUGUCAAUAUGCUCUCAGACAAAGAAAAGCUUGAGACAUAUCUUCAACGGAAUGGGCAAACUCUCUACAUCUGUCUUCAACGGAUCGACUUCUCUGGCAUUCUGCGCGCGCGAUUCGUUCCCGUUGCUCGAUGCGUGCAGAUUGCUCAAGGCAAUGAGGAAUAUAUUAUUCCACAAGUGAGCAUGAUCAUUACAGUCUCAACGGCACCGCAAUGCUUUCCGACUAGCAAUGACCUCGAGGUCUGGGUCCUUCGUCCCGACUGGUCUUCGUUACGUACAUGUGGCUUUAGAGAGAACAAUGCUUCCGUCAUGUGUUUCUUAGAACACAAAGAGGCCUAG